AUGGUUCACAAGACAAAAUCAGCUCUGAGGUCCUACGAACUGGGUGACAUUUCAUUGUUGUGUGUUUCUCCUAAAAAAUUACCCAAGGUUUACUCCCGUGCUUCCAUUCAUGAACAACACAAGUUAAAAAGGAAAAUGGUCAAGAAGUCUCUUGUUGCUGGGCUGGUGGUCUUGCUUGUGGCUGCAGUGGGUUUCUUCAUGGGUGUCUUUUUGGGGAUUGGGAAUAAAAGACUCACUGCCUCCUCAGAUCAUUUCUACUCUAAAGCAGCCGUGGCAGCAGAUGCUGGGAAGUGCUCGGAGGUUGGAAGGGAUAUCUUGAAACGGAACGGUUCUGCAGUUGAUGCCUCUAUUGCUGCUCUGUUGUGUGUUGGGCUGUUCAAUGCACACAGCAUGGGCAUCGGAGGAGGGCUGUUUUUCACCAUAUAUGAUGCAUCAACAGGAAAAGUGGAGACAAUUGAUGCCAGGGAAACUGCUCCAAUGAAUGCUACAGAGGACAUGUUUGGCAAUAAUACCCAGCUCUCAAGGAAAGGGGGGUUGUCAAUCGCCAUACCAGGAGAAAUUCGAGGUUACGAGAUGGCACACAAAAGGCAUGGUAGACUGCCAUGGAGGGAACUGUUUGAGCCCAGUAUUGAAUUGGCACGCAAUGGUUUCCCAAUCGGCAGGGCCUUGGCCAACGCCAUCGCAAAAAACAGGGAAUCCAUUCUGAGUGAUGAGGCGAUGUGUGAAGUGUUUUGUGACUCGGACAAAAACCUCCUGAAGGAAAAUGAUAUUAUUCGAUUUCCCAAACUCGCUGACACUUACGAGACGAUAGCAGAAGAAGGGCCGGAUGUUUUUUACAACGGGUCUAUGGCCCAGAUUAUAGUGGAUGAUAUCCAGGCUGCAGGAGGGAUUAUAACACUUGAAGACCUAAUGGAAUAUAAGCCAGUGUUGAAUGAGAGCCCGCUGAAGUUAAAUGUGGGGGAGUACACCAUUCAUGUUCCUGAUGCUCCAUCCAGUGGACCUGUGCUUGCACUAAUACUCAACAUAGUGGAUGGUUACAACUUCUCAGACAGCAGCGUGUCCACAGCAGAGGAAAAGACUUUGACAUAUCAUCGCAUCGUAGAGGCAUUCCGCUUUGCUUAUGCCAAAAGGAGUAAACUGGGAGACCCACGCUACCUCAACAUCACCGACCUCAUCCAAAACAUGACCUCAGACUACUUUGCAGACAACAUCAGGAGUAAAAUAACAGAUGACACCACUCACCCAGACAGCUACUACGAUCCUGAGUACUUUGUACCCGAUGACCAUGGGACAGCUCACCUGUCAGUUAUCGCAGAGGAUGGGAGUGCGGUGGCAGCCACAAGCACCAUCAACUUAUAUUUUGGAUCUAAGGUGAUGUCACAUUCAACUGGCAUUAUCUUUAAUGACGAGAUGGACGAUUUCAGCUCUCCUUACAUUACAAAUGGCUUUGGGGUUCCCCCUUCACCCAACAACUUCAUUCAGCCAGGUAAAAGACCACUUUCAUCAAUGUGUCCCACAAUAAUAUUUGACAAACACAACAGAGUCAAAAUGGUGGUCGGGGCCUCAGGUGGGACGAAAAUCACUACAGCAACUGCUCUGGUAAUCCUGAACUCCUUGUUUUUUAACUACAGUCUGAAGAAAGCAGUUACAGAGCCCAGAGUUCACAAUCAGCUCAACCCAAACAUGACAGUUGUGGAACAGAACUUUGAGAAGAGUGUUCUGGAUGGCUUGGCUCAGAAGAAUCACAUCACAGAAUGGCUGAGGACUCCAGGAGCAGUUGUCCAGGCAGUUGUGCGACAGGGGGACAAAAUCUGUGCUGAAUGUGACCCCAGAAAAGGUGGCUAUCCUGCAGGAUACUGACUGCCCUGCUCCCUUUCUCUCUUCUCUGUGUUUGUGGACCUUCAGUCAACAGACUGUAUUGGUGACUCAGUCAAAAUCCAGGAACAACAAAUAUGCAUACUGAAAAGCAACACACCUUGUGCCCAACAAUCAACAUGGACCACAAUGCACAAGGACGCACAAAGACUACUUGUAUUUAUUAAUUUAUUAAUUGUGUUAUUUUCUUUUUGAUGGGAAAUGUUUGUUCAUAUUGGUAUCAACAGUGCUUUUCUAACUGAAUACCCCAGUGUCUGAUUUUACCAACCUUAUUUAUUCCCUUGCGUGUAUAGAAAAGAACUGAGAUUGAUCAUUUGUAUGGUCCUCCUUUGAUUCCAUUGAAUGGGUUCUUUGUUGCAUAAUGGAGUUCGACUGGUUGAUGGACAUGAGGUUAUUUGUUGAGAGCAGUCUCGCACUCUUGCACUGCUCCAAAUUGUUGCCAGUAGCAAAAAAAGAAGAAUUACCAAUAAAAGUGGUGAUAUGACAGCAAUAUGUCAAGGAAAUAAAUAUGAAAUAAAAAAUACAC